AUUCUUUCUGGAUUCACGUGAAUGAUAAGAAUAUAUGUAACACAGUUUGUAUAUAAGCAGGAAACUGUGGCGUCUUUUUUAGAGACUUUUCCCUCCAGUGUGCGUAUGUACCACCUACAACAUCCGCUCUUUUGUUGUAUAAAAAGCUUGAGAUGAUCCAUAGAAUGUCUGAAAGUAUGGUGUUCGUGCUAUGUGUCAAUAAUUAUGCCACCGUUUGAUAUAGAUGAGGACAUAGAGAAGCAAGUUGUUGUUAAUGGGCUUGUAAAGAAAGAGACAGAGACGUCAAGCACCACAACGGAAGAUGUCAACUCACAUACCAAAGGAGCAACCGUUGAAGAAACGGUCCAUUCCUUGAACCGUUCUCUAACACCAAGACAAAUAUCUAUGAUCUCCAUCGCUGGUAUCAUAGGUACCGGGUUAUACUUGGGAACUGGCCGUGCUUUAGCUAAAGGUGGACCUGCUUCGUUGUUCAUCAACUAUACAAUCAUUGGUGGGCUGGUCUACCUCGUCAUGCUUUCUCUCGGUGAAAUGUCUGCACAUAUGCCAAUUGCCGGAUCCUUUUGUUCAUUUGCUCGUAAAUUUGGAAGUGAAAGCAUGGGGUUCGCCAUCUUGAUCAACUAUUGGUUUAACGAUGCAGUAUCAGUGGCUAGUGAUCUUACAGCAUUACAACUUGUCAUGGAGUACUGGACCGAUUUCCACUAUUGGAUUAUAUCGUUGAUCUUUUGGAUCUUUUUGUUAUCUUUAAAUCUAGUGCACGUGAAAUUUUACGGUGAAACCGAGUACUGGUUAGCACUGUUGAAAGUGCUGGCUAUCUUGGCAUUCUUUAUCGUCAGCAUCGUCGUUAACGUUGGUCACAACAGCCAACAUGAGUACAUUGGUUUCAAAUAUUGGACCAUUGGUGAAGCUCCAUUUGUUGAUGGGUUCAAGGGGUUUGCUUCCCUAUUUGUCACUUCGGCAUUCUCAUAUGGUGGUACUGAGAGUAUCACAAUUACUGCUGGUUCAGCAAAGAACCCUGUGAUGUCGACAAAGAUUGUCACAACGACUGUUUUCUACAGAAUCAUCAUCUUUUACAUCUUGACAGUCUUCUUCAUUGCAAUGAACGUUCCCUAUAACUAUCCUGGAUUGGCUACUAAAUCUGUUAUGACCUCUCCUUUCACCAUCGUGUUCCAAGAAGCCGGUUCAAAGAUUGCUGGCUCAUUUAUGAACGCCGUUAUUUUGACAUCGAUUAUCAGUGCGGGCAACCAUGCCCUGUACGCUGGCUCUAUGUUGGCCUACACUCUGGGAACCGACGGUUAUCUACCAAAGAUCUUGACCUGGAAGAAUAGGUACCAAACACCGUACGUUGCAGUUCUGGUCACAUGGAUUGCUGGUGGUUUAUGCUUUGGUUCCUCCUUCGUAGGUGCAGGUGAGCUAUGGACAUGGUUGCAGAAUAUUGUCGGUGUUUCAAACCAACUGGCAUGGUUAUGUAUUGGAAUCACCUCUAUUAGAUUCAGACAGGGUUUGAAGGCACAGGGACGUGAACAUGAGCUUGAAUUCAAGAAUUGGACUUAUCCCUUCGGGCCAUAUUUCGUUGUUAUCUUCACAACGUUUAUCAUAUUUGUUCAAGGCUGGGGAGCCUUUGCACCAUGGAGUGUCAAGGAUUUCUUCCAAGUUUACCUGGAACUGAUCGUGUUCCCUGUAACGUUCAUUCUAUGGUGGGUUUUACACCCUCGUGACCGGUUCAUCAGAGCGAAAGACAUGGAUUUUGACACUGAUCACUACAUAGAAGGCGAAGAGGAACGUAACGACCGUUUAAGAUAUGAAAACCUCAAGGGAUUUGCUAAGCUACGUGCAGUUCUGAAGAACUUUUUCGUUUAGAUAGAUGUUUUAUGAAGCUAAUGGCCUAAUGAAUGUGGAUGUAAUGAAA